UAGGACUUCAUUUUGUUCAUACAAUUACAAACACAACCACACUGUUAUCUUCAUUUUCAAGUUCAAACCUUUAAUCAACUUAACUAGGUACAUAAUUUUCUUCCAUUUCUCUUCUCUAAUGGCAAUUUCGGAGCCGGAAUCACACGUAAGAAAAAGCGUGGAAAUGCUUUACGAUUCGCUGAAACAUGGCGAUACGGAAACGGUUUCAAAACUGUUGGCUGCUGAUUUAGAAUGGUGGUUUCAUGGACCUCCUGGUUGCCAACAUAUGAUGAGAAUGUUAACGGGAGAAUCAAUGGAUUUGGAAUUCAAAUUCAAGCCGAGAAAUAUAACAGUCAUCGAAGACCGUGUAAUUGUGGAAGGUUGGGAAGGUAAUGAAGCUUAUUGGGUACAUGUUUGGACAGUUAAUGCUCAAGAUGGUUUGAUUACUCAAUUCAGAGAGUAUUUCAAUACAUGGAUCACCAUUAGAGAUUUGAGAAUGGGUUCUAUAUGGGAGAUUAAGCAGAUUAGGCCAGCAGUUUGGCAAAGUGAACCUCAAGAGCAUCUUAAACGUUCGUUACCCGGUUUGGUGUUAGCCAUUUGAUGCCAUGAUAAUCAUCUUGAUCAUCAUCAUCAUUAGUUACUAAUUGUAAUUUUGUGUAAGAAGUUGGGUUUUAUAAAUGUAAUCAACGAAAUGGUUUGUUUGCAUUAAUUAUUGUUGUUUAAGUCGAUAAUUUCCAUUUAAGCGCA